AUGGCUCGUUUAGCUAACAACCCGACGGUGGUGCGCGAUCUUGCUGGGCGCACACGCAGCGGUACGCGAGCAACGCCAGAGACGUCGUCGAGUUCGAUCGAACUCGACUUUGUGCGGAAGCGCUUUCUCCAACAGAACAAAGUGCUGGCCACCAAGAAUUCCGAGCUCAUGUCGAAGAUCACCCAGCUCGAGGACCAAUUGACGUCCACGCAGAGUGAGAACUUGGCGUUGCGCAACGCCGAGGCGAAAAUCAAAGAUCAGAUCGGGAAGAGCCUCACCAGCCUGGAAAUCGACUUGAUAGGAAAGUUCCAGCAGAUGAUGGCCCAGAUCAACCAGAUGCGCCAGGAAUUGGCCCUAGACGCCACAAUGGCAGAGAACCAGCUUGCAGAGCUAAAGAACGCUAAAUUACAGGAAAUCAGAAACAGAGAACAGAUCAACUCAGAAAGAUGGAAGCGCAGAAGAAGAAGUCUAUCUAUCCGGGCAGAGACAGUGGAGCCAGAAACACCCGUUGUUGUGUACACGCCAGAACCAGAAAAGUCCGCUGUGGUGGAAGAUCUGAGUACGCCGAUGGUGGCACCCGUGUCACGGCCGCAGAAGGCUCCUUCGCCAGAGCCAGAACCAAAAGAGUCGCCAGAAGUUCUGGCUACUCCUCCACGGUCCAAGGGUAGCGGGUCCAAGGCAAUUGAGAUCCAGAGCGUGUCGCCCGAGAUUCUCGCUACAAAACCCAAACGUCCUGCCGUUUUCCAGGACAACGUGGACCCGCUAUCGAUGCCGAUGCCCGUGGGCAAGCAGCGCAGACGGUCGUCGAUCUACAUGUCGCGGAAGAAGCAGCGCAAGUCGCUUGUGGAAGAGUCACCCGAGAUCAAGGCCCAGCGCGCGUCCAUCUCGAGCUCCAAGAGAGCCAAUCCGUUGCAGGAGCUGCAGCAGUCGCAGAUCAACCAGCUGAGAAGACAGACCAUCUCGUCGUUCUCGAAACAGACUAGAGACGAUACGCCCGCAGACUCUGUUUUCGAGUUUAUGGAAACUACCGUUAACAGCGACCAGGAGAACUUGAACCGGCAGCGUCGCCGGAGCAUGAGUUUCCGCCGCACACCCAAUGGUAUCGAGGAGAUUCAUUAA